UGUAUCUAGGGUAAGAUUACAAAAAUAUUACAACUGGUAUAACAUCAACAAUAUAAUAUAAUUAAUAUAUAAGGACAAUGUGAUGACCAAAGGGGAUCAGUGGUGAUAAUCGUAUGACUUGGUUAUCAUCAGGCGCCGCGAGUUUUACGUAAAGUACCUAUUUUACAAUAUUUACCUUGUUCAUAUUUUAUUGUGUAUGUUCGAGUGAUCGAAGAAGUUCAAACAUCGAAACAGAAUUACAACAAAAAUGGAUGCCUGGAAUGUGAUUUGUCGUACCAUACUACUAUUGCUGCUAACCAAUCAUAUUAUUUCCAGUGAAAAUCAAGAUGCUGCAUUUUAUAACCUCACUCUUACCACCAAUAGUCCAGGAUUACAGUACGAAAUAAUAGGAGAAGGUAAAUUAUGUAAAAGUAGUUGGACCAUCAAUACAUUUAUAGAUUUAAAAUAUCUAAUAAAUAGCCUUAUCGAUGUAAAUAACAUGUUAAAAUCAAUCAACUCAUUUGCAAUUAAUAACUCCUACCAAAUAACUCUAAAUCAGUUGGAGAAGCGUGUAAAAAAAAUUAACACAGAUACACAGACUAUUAGACAAAUGGCUAGGCAUAGUAAAAAGGUUAGGCGAUCAUUUGAAUCUGGGGGUUCGGCAUUACAGUGGAUGUUCGGCAUUGCCGACGCUGAUGAUGUAAGAAGGUAUGAUAAUUCGAUUAACAAAUUAGAGAAUGAUCAAAAAGAUAUGAUACACAUAGUUGAAGACCAAGUUUCUAUUUUAAGAAGCACAAUAACAAAUUUUAAUGAAACCAUAACAACAUUUAAUGACAAUAAAUUAUUAUUUGAUAAAAAUAUGAAAAAAAUUGAAAAAACUUUUAACACCAUAGAUAUUCAAUUAGCAGACGAAAAUAAACAAAUUAUUAUUUUAAAAUUAAUAUCCCUGAUUGAAAAUAAUAUUAAUGAAUUAGAUAUAUUUGUAACGAGGUUACAAAGAAUAAUUUCAAACGUUCAAAUGAAUAAAUUAGAUGUUUUCAUAAUUACACCAGAUCAGUUUUUGUCAGAAAUAAAACGAAUGGAAAAUAUCCUACCGGAAAAUUUAAAAUUCCCUGUAAAAUUUAAUGAAGAUAAUAUACAAGAAAUGUACAAAAUAUUACUCAUAGACCUUCACCCAAUGAACGAUAGAUUAAUAUUUUCAAUAAAAAUUCCAUUAUGUACCAUCGACAUUUUCAAAUUAUAUUAUAUUCUACCGAUAUACGUUCCAAUCAAUGAAUUAGGACAAUUUAUACAUAUAACUGAAAAUCCAAUGUACUUAAUAACAGACGAUUUGGUGACAAAAUAUUUUAUUUGGUCAAAUAUUAAUAACUGUGUAAAAGUUGCUAAUACUUUUGUUUGUGGUUUUAAUGAAAUCAUACACAAUAGUGUUACUGAUCCUACUUGUGUAACAGAAAUAUUAAAAAAUUCUAUAGCCAAACCUACCCAAUGUGAUACUUAUAUCACUGAAUUUAAAAAAGAGUUAUGGUACCCAUCAUUUUUCAAAAAUAAUUGGUACUUUGUAUGUGAAAAGCCUACUGUAAUCACGAUAAUUUGUCAUAAACGAUCUUUUAUUCGUAGGCUAACAUUAAAAAGUUCUGGUAAAUUAUUCCUGAAAGCUGGUUGUCUUGCUCAAACGGCUAUGGGCGUUAUAAUAACAGAACAAAUAUUAGAAUCGUCAUUUGUAACACAGCCUUUACAGUUAAGCCUUUUAAAUGAUUCGUGCUGUAAUAUUGCAGUUAAUCGACUAUAUCCGAAACCCAUUCAUUUAGAUGAAAUUAAAAAUUAAAAAUUUGAUAAAGAGUCUUUCGAUAAAAUAAACGCAAAAUUAGAUCAACAAGAAAAAUUAUUAAAUUCACUUACAUUAGAAAAAACCUAUGAAUUUGUAUAUACAAAUAAAUAUUUGAUUACGAUAAUAGCUGUUAUAUUAUUAUACUUAAGUAUACAAUUUUGUAUAAAAAAAAAAAAAAAAACUUUAGAAAAUAUAAAUUUAGGUUAUUAUCCGAAGUCCACGGAUCAAACAUAAAAAUACACUUUAAAAAUAAAAUUAUAUUUUAUGUAAAUU